GGCGUGGCCAGGGCCAGGGUGGGAGAGUUUGGCUGCAGCAGUGGAGCGUGCUCGGUUCUGUGAGAAACUCGGUACAAGGUGUCCCUUGGACUCCCUGGGGAAAGGAAUUGUCCAGAAGGUGGCUCUGGACAUGUUGACGCACAUACUGGAGGGGACAGCAAAAAAAGAAGCUCACAUCUCCCUGUUGAAAAUCUUCUAGCAACAGAAUGAGCCUGCAGUGGACUGCAGUUGCCACCUUCCUCUAUGCAGAGGUCUUUGCUGUGCUGCUUCUCUGCAUUCCCUUCAUUUCACCCAAAAGAUGCUGUACGUGAGAUUUCGAAGUAUGACGACGUGACAGAGAAGGUUAACCUCCAGAACAACCCUGGAGCGGUGGAACACUUCCACAUGAAGCUUUUCCGUGCCCAGCGGAAUCUCUACAUUGCUGGCUUUUCCUUGCUGCUGUCCUUCCUGCUUAGACGCCUGGUGACCCUCAUCUCUCAGCAGGCCACACUGCUGGCCUCCAAUGAAGCCUUUAAAAAGCAGGCAGAGAGUGCUAGUGAGGCGGCCAAGAAGUAUAUGGAAGAGAAUGAGAAGCUGAAGGAAGCUGCUGGUGGUGGAGUCAAGUUGGAUGCCAGGGAGGCGAAGUUGGAGUUAACGAACAGUGACUUGCAGGCUGAGCUGAAGAAGCUGAAGGAUGAACUGGCCACCAACAAGCAAAAACUAGAGAAAGCUGAAAACGAGGCUCUGGCCAUGCGUAAGCAGUCCGAGGGCCUGACCAAGGAGUAUGACCGCCUGUUGGAGGAGCACAGGAAGAUACAGAUGAAGAUAGAUGGUCCCACGGACAAGAAGGAGGAGUGAAGGCACCUCCUGUCCACCUGUGGCCGUGGCCUGGCCCAUGUUUGCUGCUUCCUGAGGGCCAGGCCUUCUUCGGUAUUUGCACUUCCUGCCCCUCACACUGCUUACAGUUUCUUGUUCUCCCAGCACUCCACUGGGGCCUGGAUUUUCACCUGCUCAGGAUGAAAAGGCGGGCACCUGGAACCCUUGCAGUGGGGUUUGCUUCCUGCUGGGUUGAGCCCCUUUUUGUGUUGCUCGUUCAUGUUCGGGGUUCCAAGGCCCCUUUUCUCUGGUCCUGCCAGGCAGAUGGAGCAGGCAGAGUAGUUUCUUUUGGCAAUAAAGGUUGUUAUGAAGUGUC